AGUCCCGCCCCGAGAGCAAAGGGCGUCGCCCGAAGCGGGACAGAUCCAGCUGUUGGCCUGUGUGAAGUCGCGCGGCUUCCACCCACGCAGUGUUCUAAGUGAAGGCCAGAAACUCGCUCGCCAUGUCGGCUGCAGAGGCGGGGGGUGUUUUCCACAGAGCCCGGGGCAGGACCCUGGACGCAUUUCCCGCAGAAAAAGAAAGCGAAUGGAAAGGCCCAUUCUACUUCAUCCUGGGCGCAGACCCACAGUUUGGGCUGAUGAAGGCCUGGUCCACCGGGGACUGUGACAAUGGCGGUGACGAAUGGGAACAGGAGAUCCGUCUAACUGAGCAAGCCGUCCAGGCCAUCAACAAGCUGAACCCCAAACCCAAAUUCUUCGUUCUGUGCGGCGACCUCAUCCACGCCAUGCCAGGGAAGCCGUGGCGGACGGAGCAGACGGAGGAUCUGAAGCGAGUACUCAGGACGGUGGACAGGGCAAUCCCACUGGUCCUCGUCAGCGGCAACCACGACAUUGGCAACGCCCCCACGGCCGAGACAGUCGACGAGUUCUGCCGGACUUGGGGAGACGACUACUUCAGCUUCUGGGUCGGGGGCGUCCUGUUCCUGGUCCUCAACUCCCAGUUCUACGAGAACCCCUCCAAGUGCCCCAGCCUGAAGCAGGCGCAGGACCAGUGGCUGGACGAGCAGCUGAGCAUCGCGAGGCAGCGGCACUGCCAGCACGCCAUCAUCUUCCAGCACAUCCCACUGUUCCUGGAGAGCAUCGACGAGGACGACGACUACUACUUCAACCUCAGCAAGUCCACUCGGAAGAAGUUGGCAGACAAGUUCAUCCACGCAGGUGUCAAAGUCGUGUUCUCAGGCCACUACCACAGGAAUGCCGGGGGUACCUACCAGAACCUCGACAUGGUGGUGUCAUCUGCCAUUGGAUGCCAGCUUGGCAGAGACCCCCACGGGCUCCGAGUCGUGGUGGUCACCGCUGAGAAAAUUGUUCACCGAUACUACAGUCUAGAUGAGCUGAGUGAGAAAGGAAUAGAAGACGAUCUCAUGGAUUUGAUCAAGAAAAAAUGACGCUCCUUCCUGUUCCCGUUCACUUUUCACUUGCACUAUUUUUUUAUUUUGCCAGAAACAGCAGCUGCAUAUAACCCCUUGCUGAAAUAUAAAAAUAGCCCAGGCAGGUUUGUGAAUUUAUGUCUUUUUGCAUAAAUCAGAGAGCUGGGGCCCUAUCCUGAAUUAUAUUCAAAAUAGAACUGCGUUUCCUUUAAAAUGGAGCGAGUGAUCCUGGAAAUCAGUUUUUAAAAUAUUAGACUAUCUCUGCUUGGAUGUUUGAAUAAAUUCUCCUAAUGCUGUGUUUCUCAA